GACCAAUUGGCACCUAUAUAGAGGAAUAUUUAACAUAAUGCUAGAGCCCAAAUCUAAACAACUCGAGCUCGGUUAUUAAAUGAGAUAACCAGAAUUUGCUUUUUAGGUGAGACCAGUCUAAAUCGAUCUCUUUCAGUCUUAGCCGAGCUCGAGCACGAGUUCGAACAUAAGAUACCAGAAUUCGCUUCUCUCAUUUAUCAAGACCCCUUUAAUAGAAAUGGAGAAAGAUGAGAGCAAAAUCCUAGUAUUUGGAGGGACAGGUUACAUUGGAAAUCACAUAGUGAAAGCAAGCAUCAAAUUAGGACAUCCGACUUAUGUCUUCUCAAGGCCUAAUUCUAACAAGACAGAGACCCUCAACGAGCUUCAAUCCAUGGGAGCCAUUAUAGUCAAAGGAGAAAUAGGCGAUCAUGAAAAGCUCGUCUCAGUGCUUAGGGAAGUUGAUGUUGUGAUCUCUGUUUUGCCGUAUCCUCAAGUUUUCGAGCAGCUCAAAAUCUUGGAGGCCAUCAAGAUUGUUGGUAACAUCAAGAGAUUUGUGCCGUCGGAUUUUGGUGUGGAAGAGGACAGGGUGGCUGCAUUGCCGCCCUUCCAAACGGUGCUCGAGAGGAAGAAGAAAAUCCGAAGAGCCAUUGAAGCUGCAAAUAUACCUUACACUUUUGUGGCUGCAAAUUGCUGUGGUGCUUACUUUGUCAACUAUUUACUACACCCUUCUGAGCAAAAGGAAGAUAUCACUGUUUAUGGCAGUGGGGAAGUUCAGGCUGUCUUGAACUAUGAAGAGGAUGUUGGCAUUUUAACGAUAAAAGUGGCAACCGAUCAAAGAACGUGCAAUCGUGUCGUCAUUUACAGGCCUGAAGCCAACAUAAUAUCACAGCUUGAGCUGAUUACUUUGUGGGAGAAGAAAACCGGGCGAAUUUUCAAGCGAGUUCAUGUCUCGGAGGACGAAAUGGUGUCCCUUUCCCAAACUCUACCAGACCCCCAAAACAUACCAAUCUGUGUCUUUCACAGUGUCUUUGUGAAGGGUGCAACCACAAAUUUCGAACUUGGGGAGAACGAAGUUGAGGCUUCGGCUUUGUAUCCGCACUUGAAACUUACUACAAUUGACGAGCUUCUCGACAUUUUCCUAUCCAAUCCACCAAAGCCGGCUUACACGCCAUUCGAAUAAAUUUGUUGGGUGAUUCCAGAAGUAAUGUUUCGGUUUGGCUGGAAUUUAUUUUUUUCUGAAAUUCGGUCGAAAUAAUCUUGAGUGUGUGUUUUGAAAUUUAACCUGUAUUUGGAAAUAUGAUGCUGCCGAUACUUUUAUAAACAGUUUAAUCGGUUGCUUUACGUCGUGUUUUGAAUUGAAUUAUGACAUUCCCACGUGAAAAUAUGCUUUGUUUGUUUGAAAAAAGUAUGUGUGGUUAACGAUUAGAUUAGAU